ACCUACGUAUUGGUAGGUAAAAUGCGAUGAAUUUUUACUUUCAUCAAGCUUGGAAAGUGUUUCUGAGCUCUAAUAGCCAAGACAUUCAAUCUUCCUUCAGCUAUACCCAGUAAGUACUAAUAACAUCCAUAGUAUCCAUCUAGUCAAUGCAAAUCCCAUCAUCUUUCUUUCCCAUCUUCUCAUCCAUUCUUUUCAUCUCCUCUCCUCCUGUAGAUUGAUGACAUUCUAUGGCAUUCUGCACAAUUCCCAUCUCUUUCCAUCCAUAUUAGAUAAUACCCAUCAAUUGAUCCAUCCAUUCUCCCGAAUCAGAAUCGCCUCAAACUUUCACAUCUUAGCUCAAGUUCAUCAUCACACCUCAACCUAUCGCUUUCCCUCCCUCCAAUUCCCCAUCAAUCCAAACUCAUCCUAACCCCAAAAAUGUGCGACUUCGGAAUUCCAUUUGUCUGCAUCCAAUGUGGUACCGAUCAAAAUCCAUGUCAUGUUAAGGUAGUCGGUCCCACACUUGGAUUCGGAGUUGGAGUACUCAGCGCUCAACGGUUUUAUGAGCUACAAGUCUCCCAGAUACAGCCAGCCCUGCCACCGCUCCAAGGUCGCUUUCAACUGACAAAUGCAAUAGCUAGUAUGUUGGCCAGCCUCGCUCUUCGUCGGCUGCUGCGCUACGGAAGUGGAAUGUUAGGAGCACCUGUGGAUAUCAACGGACAGGUCUCAAACGCGAUACCGUUUUAAUGUAUAUUUGUAUUUGGAGACAGCUACAGUGCGUCGAUGUGAUGAAGUAAAGUUAGGAUUUGGAUACGUGUGCAUGGAGAGAAGAAAAUAGAAGAGAAGGAUGUUACAAUGAUACCUGGAAAGAUGGGCGGUGGAGAAGAAUGCAAUUGGGCGAAUGAUCUGAUCUGAUCUGGUAUGGCAUGAUGCGUAUAUAUAAUGAGUGUGCGGCAGUGAGAGAGGAACAUGAAAUGAUUCAACAAUGGAGAUUGCACUUCCAAUAACGCGCCCAAAAUGCUCUCACACCCAACCCCCAUAGGGUCAUAAAAUCAACCUUCAUCUUCCCACGC